UUUUUCCUGCGGUAGUGACUAAUUUAGGACUUGCAGAUUUGAGCUGCCUGAAUUGGCCAGACAGCUGUAAUCGCACUCCUCCUAUUCUUAAUCUCUUUAUCUGGGCAGCAGCUGCCAUAUGGCCACAGUCAGCUGGAUCAGAUGUUUAUAAGCUUCCUUCUUCGUCCCUCUCUGUCCUUUCAGCCUCCUAAUUUGAUCGCCGCUACCUUGUGAGCUGUCCUGCAAUCUUUAUUUUUAGCCAUCUUAAGGAUUAGGGUUGAUGUGGACUACAGUGCACUUAAAGUGAUUGUGUUGUAAAUCUUCUGCGGUUAUGAGGACAGCAUGGAGUUUCCAGACCACAGCAGGCAUUUGUUACAGUGUCUGAGAGAGCAGAGACACCAGGGCUUUCUUUGUGACUCUACUGUGCUGGUUGGAGAUGCCCAGUUCCGAGCCCAUCGAGCCGUGCUGGCUUCGUGCAGCAUGUACUUCCACCUCUUUUACAAGGACCAGCUAGACAAAAGGGACAUUGUUCAUCUGAACAGCGACAUUGUGACGGCCCCGGCUUUCGCUCUCCUGCUUGAAUUCAUGUACGAGGGGAAGCUCCAGUUCAAAGCCCUCCCCAUUGAGGACGUGCUGGCUGCUGCCAGCUAUCUCCACAUGUACGACAUCGUCAAGGUCUGCAAGAAGAAGCUGAAGGAGAAAGCCACGACCGAAGCGGACAGCACCAAGCGGGAGGAGGAUGCCUUGAGCUGUUCUGACAAAGUGGAGAGUUACUCGGAGAGCAGCGGCGGGAACCCCACAGGCGAUCUGCUGCCUAGUGAUGCAGAGGAGGAUGAGUCUGAAGGCAACAAGAGAGACUCGCUCCCGGAGUCGGGGAACAUGUGGAUGAGGUUACCCUCUGACACCGCUGGCGCCCCCCAUACUGGUGGCAGUGGCGGGGAGUCGGAGAUGCACGCAGUGGCAGCAGCUGGGAAAACCGAAAUGGCCAGCAGCCCUUGCAGCUCAACAGGGUCUUUGUCUCAAAGGUCCGUCACCUCCAGGAGGGUGUCGGCAGAUGCGGACUGUGUGUUGGACCUGUCUGUCAAGUCCAGCCUAGCUGGGGGUGGAGGAGAUGCCCUCCCGAAUAGCAACCCGUACUUCUGUGGAGCGGUGGCUCCGGACAGCCUGCAGAACAGCUUGGUGCAGGUGAAGGUGGAAAAGGAGGUCGCCUCUGACGACGACGACCUGGGCAGCGGCGACUACGAGAUGGAGCACAGCGCCGGCACGGCCACCAAGGAGCUCCCUAGCACCAAUGGCGGAGGCCACCACCACCAUCUCAAUCACCACCACAGCAGGCUCCACUAUGAGGCAGCCUCGCACCUCUCGGCCAUCCGGGAGGCAUCUCUGUCCAGCGAACUGGACCGCGAGGACAAGGUGAGCGAGGACGACGAGAUGCUCAGCCCAGAGGGCGAACGGAACCCGGUGGAGCCGGCCAGCCUCGACGGCAACCUCCUGCCCUAUGUGUCCAACAUGCUGAGCGGCCCCCACAGCCAGAUCUUCAUGUGCCCCCUGUGCAACAAGGUCUUCCCCAGCCCACACAUCCUGCAGAUCCACCUCAGUACACACUUCCGCGAGCAGGAAGGGGUACGGUCCAAGCCGGCGGGAGACGUCAACGUGCCAACCUGCUCGAUCUGUGGCAAGACUUUCUCCUGCAUGUACACACUAAAACGGCACGAACGGACCCACUCAGGUGAGAAACCAUACACUUGUGCCCAGUGUGGCAAGAGCUUCCAGUACUCGCACAACCUGAGCCGCCAUGCUGUGGUGCACACCCGUGAGAAGCCACACGCGUGCAAGUGGUGCGAGCGCAGGUUCACCCAGUCGGGCGACCUGUACCGGCACAUCCGCAAGUUCCACUGCGAACUGGUGAACUCUUUGUCCGUAAAAAGUGAAGCACUGAACUUACCAGCCGUCAGGGACUGGGCAUUAGAGGACAGCUCACAAGAACUCUGGAAAUAGACUCUUCUGAACUGAGAAUUUGAAGCAAAUUCAGAUCUAGAAAUAUGAACACUUGUUGGGGCGGGGGGGGGGGAGGUUAACUUUUUUGUUUGUGAGAGGGUUUGGGGGGGGGGGGGGGGGGGUCCGGGAAAUGGUAAGUUCUGGAAUCAGUCGUAUUUCUUGCUCUUCAGUUGUAUUUCGGCCUUUUGACUGCUAAAACUGCACUUUAGUGGUAUUUGAGAAAAUGUUUUCUGAAGAAGAGAGCUCUUUGUUGGUUUUUUUUGUGAAGAAAUUUCUAUUUUAUCGUUGUUUCUUCUUCCACACUUUUUUUUUUUUAAGUUGCCAUCACGUUAACUUUGGUCCCUUACUGAAUUUUUUUUUUUAGGGAGCUAAGGGGACGAUGAUUCAGGAAAUUGAAUGCUAGUGACACGCACAUCCCACCCGUCAUCUGCCAAUUUUGUGUCUUUUUUUUUUUUUUUGUUUUGGUGACGCUCCGCGUUUUAAAAAAGUGUGUGAAAUGCGGACGAGGUGUCUGAGCCUGUAAGAAUACACUAAACAGGUACUGUGAACACAUCCAUGGUGCACUACUGUAGUCGGCGAAUGCUACUGUACUCAACAGUUCCAUUACAGAAUAUUUUGUUUCCUAUUCCCUUUUUUUAUAUAAAAAAAAAAAAACAGGCUUCCAAAUUGUUUAAAAAAAAAAAAAAAAAAUUUUCUUCUUUCCCUUGUGCUACUGGGAAAUCGGACUGAUUGAUUCAAUUUGUAUUCUGAAGUAUGGCUUCCUUUCUCUCAAACUCUAAACUCUGGCUUUGCUGUUUUGGUCCAUAGACCUCCCAUAUAUAUAUAUAAAAUAUAUAUAUAUUUUUUUUUAAAUCCCAGGAGAGAUUAAUUAACUUGCUUUUUUAAGUUGUUUUUUUUUGUUUUUUUUUUUUUAAAAAGGGGAUGUUAAAAGUCCAGCAAACUCCAAGCUCAGUUGCUAUUGAAAAUGUGAAUUGCGGUCAGCGUCUACUGUAAACGGAUCAAAUACACCACCGGCUGGGCUAAUUAAUGAGUCGAGUCGGUCGAUUUUAAAAAAUGUAUUUGAGCCAACACAUGCAUGAUUUAAAAAAAAAAACACUUGUUGUUUUUUUAAAUUUUUUUAAAUUUAAUAUAAAGAUAAUUAGCCAGGAUCUUAAAUUGGAUUAAAUGAGUUUGAAAAUAUUAUAUCCAUCCCAACCAUUCCUCCCCCCCCCCCCCCCCCCCCCCCCCCCCCCAGUUACAGUUUGAGCAGCACUGUUGAGAUGUUCAUUGGGGCAAUGAAGAACAUUAUAAAUGCACUGAAUUUUUUUUAUUUUUAUUUUAUUUUUAAUAUUUUGGAAAUAUGUAGAGCAGAAUAAGAGAAACAAAUUGUGUCCAACGAAAGGUCAACUAAACUUUGACUCGUAGGAUGCAACUGAAGGUGUUUUUUCUUUUUAUAAUUUUGGAACCCAGGAGCGUUUUAUAACAAACUUACCUGUUUAGUUUCAGGGUAGCUGUGUGUCCCUUCAGCGGGUUGACAGAUUGUUGUAUUUUUUCUUUUUUUUUUCUUUGUUUUUGCUAACAUGAAUAUCUCUGUGUUGUCAGAAGUAGGUGAUUGACAACUGUGUAAAAUAUAACUGGUGAAAGUGUUUAUUGUUAUUAUAAUUUUUUCUUUUUUUUUUUAAUUAAUUUAUUCUAUUCGGCACUUGCUACUGACUUUCAAGGCAAAGUUCACGUUACACUCCGUGUUGGAGACUUUAAAAGUUAAGACAGGCGCCUCAUCUGGCUAAAGUUUAGCUGGGUGAGGACGGAAGGCAGGAAUGUUCCAGAGCACUGUUCUCCUAGUUCCAGGUAGUCGUUUUAAUUACGUGUCUAAUCACUGAACAUUAGCAGCCUGCUCUGCUGGUUUGCUUGGUUGGUUUGGUUUGGUUUGGUUAAUUUAUUUAUUUAUUUGAGGACUAAUUCACAAUGCUGGGCCUGUCCCAGGCGGAAUUCCUUUCACAACCUUGCUUGUUCACAUUUUCACGUUCUAACCAGUGAUUGUAUAUUGAAAUAUGAGAAUUCAUUUUUGUGUUUGUUUUUUUUGUUCUUUUUUGAGUACACAUCCAGAUAGGGCUAUUUCUUUUUUUUUGACUGAUUGAUGUUAUUGUUAUAUUAUUGUCUUGUUUUUUUUUUAAGGAAAGAACAUGACAAAAGUGUGAAAGCUCUUUGCUUAGGCUGAAUGAUCUGGUACACCACGUGUGUCCUUCUUGCAGCAGAAUGGCAUGCGUGGCUCAAGAGGGCACCAUGCAGGGCAAAAAAAAAAAAAAAAUGUUUUGCACAGUGUUUGCUUUCCCUGUCUUGCACUCCUAUUUAAGAAAAAGAAAAAUGGGAAUAGCAUGGAGGUCUGCGCCCGUGUGUGUUCUUUUAUUUUUUUUUUUCUUGCUUUUGGGGGAGAAAAAAAAUACUUGACCGCCUUAAACUACUGUAAACAUAGCUUAUUUUUGUGCAGAAGGUAAUUAUUGGAAAAAAAAAAUAAUAAUAUGCUGGACACUUUCAGUUAUCAGAAAAAAAACAAAACAAAAAAAAGCUGUGAAAAUGGCCUCUUAAGCAUCUCCAGUCAUCUUUUAGUUACUUGAAGACUUUAAAUAUUCUUUAUAUAAAAACUGUUCAAAUCUCAAAUGGACAGGGGUAAUUAAAAAAAAAAAAUCUGUUGGUAAGGACAAUCAUUGUCUUUAAAGAAUUAGCAGAUUUUUUUUGUUUUUUUUUUGUUUUUUUAAAUCUUUUCUUUUUAUUGGUAAUCCCUGUGAGAGUUUUUGACUUUUUUGUUUUUUUUUUUUGAUUUAGACUGAUGUUUAGCUUUGACAAUCAUAGUAUGUUUUACCUUUGCAAGGGGAGUAAAUUAUAAUGCUGUUUAGUUUUGUACUUUUUUUGGUGUGCUGUUGGUGAAAUUUUUAAAUUGUAUGCUAACUGCAAUAAAUUAUAUGAAUCUGAA